CAGCUGCUCUUCAUUUUUCAUCACGGCUAAGUCCCUCUAGUAGUAAACAAUUUUAUAAGAAGCUAUACUUUGAUCAUACUUUGAGAAAAUGCAGACCAACACUCUCAUCUCUGCCCCGACAUUAAUCAACACUCUCAACUCUGCCCCGACAAUCCAUGAAAAUGGUGCCGGUUUAACCCGUAGUGAUUUCCCUCAUGGUUUUAUCUUUGGAACUGGCACAUCUGCCUUUCAGGUCGAAGGAGCUGCUGCAAAAGGCGGUAAAAGCAUAAGUGUGUGGGAUGACUUGACUCUGAGAACUCCAAACAUGAUUGUGGAUGGAUCCAACGGAAAUGUUGCUUGUGACGGGUACCAUAAAUACAAGGAAGAUAUUAAGUUGAUGAAGAACAUGGGCUUUGAUUCCUACAGAUUUUCGAUUUCAUGGCCAAGAAUUUUGCCAGGCGGAAGAACUUGUGCUAGAGUCAACAAAGAAGGAAUCGAUUACUACAAUGAUGUCAUCAAUACUGUGAUCGACAACGGCAUGAAACCCUUUGUGACUCUCUUUCACUGGGAUAUUCCUAAUUGCUUGCAACUGGAGUAUGGUGGCAUGUUGAGCGAUAAAGUAGUGGAUGAUUUUGUAGAGUUUGCAGAGAUAUGCUUUCAAGAAUUCGGUGAUCGAGUGAAAUUCUGGACAACGGUAAACGAGCCAUGGACGUACGCGGUGCGUGGGUAUACGCCUGGUGAUCACUUCUUAAAAAUCAAUGCUGCAGACAAGCAAGGAGAAGUAGGGCGCUUUCCUGCUCAUAGAGCUUGCAUACGAAUGAAACGAUUAGACUCCACAACUCAGCCCAAAAGGGACACUUGGUUUCUUGUGAAUGAUCCGGCCAAAGAUGCAUAUACCGUGGCAAGAAAUUUGCUUCUUUGCCAUGCGGCAACAGUUCAAUCGUAUCGAACCAAUUUUCAGGUAGUUCAAGAAGGCGAAAUAGGAAUCGUUCUUAAUUCCAGUUGUCACUAUCGAUCUCAACUGCUUUUGGGCGAUGAAUCAGUCAAAAGAGCCUAUGAUUUUAUGCUAGGCUGGUUUUUGGAACCCGUAAUAUAUGGCCAAUUUCCAAAAACGAUGUUGGAUAAUGCUAAGGCCAACAUUGUCCCUUUCUCAGACAAGGAAACACAACUGCUCAAAUGUUCGGUUGAUUUUUUUGGUCUGAAUUACUACACAGCAGAUUUUGUUGCUACUGAGAGUAACCCUCCAGGUGUUGGCUACCCUGCAGAUCAACGUUGUAUUUACAGUUCUUACGACAAAGAAAAUAAUCCAGUCGGAGAUCCCACUUCUUUAUCAUGGUUGUAUAUGGUUCCAAAGGGAUUAUAUGAUCACAUGGAGUAUCUAAAAAAAACAUAUGGUCAAGACUUGCCUCCUAUGUACAUUACUGAAAAUGGGGUUGCCGAUAAAAAUGACACCGCGCUCACAGCGAAACAAGCUUGCGCAGACACAAUAAGGACUCGAUACCAUCAAGAGCAUCUCGCAUAUCUUCGAAAAGCAAUAUAUGAAUUGCGCGUUGACGUAAGGGGCUAUUUUGCUUGGUCGUACUGUGAUAAUUUCGAAUGGACCGACGGAUACACAGCAAGAUUUGGUUUGGUCUACAUAGACUAUGCAAAUAACUUGACACGAUACAUGAAAAAUUCAGCUUUAUGGUUUAUGAAGUUUUUAAAGGGCCACAAGAUGGGGCGAAUUGCUCUACACAAGACACAAGUUGAGACGGAUUCAGAGCGUGAACCUAAGAAAAGGAGAGGUACAUAAAAGGUUUGAUCUCUUUGGAGAUUGUGAAAAAAUUAUGUACUAAGUACUUUUAUUUCGAAUUGGAGAAAAUAAGCAAGCAUUGUUAUGCUCCCAUGUUGUCGGAGGUUGGGUUGUAUCAAUGCUCCCAUGUUGUCGGAGGUUGGGUUGUAUUUCCUUCUAUGUGUUAUUUUCUUUUGCUACUUGUUUUAUUGUAUGAACUUUUCUUAAUGAAAAAUAAAAGUUUACUCUCA